AUGAUCUGCAGGCUCCUCUUCUACUUUUCUUGCUUGUAUUUUGUUUCCGGUAUUGUUUUAGUAUUUUCGUUCACUCAAUGAGAUUCCUUUAGGGCAAGCACCGACCUGCCCAAAUGGACAAGUGCCCAAACUUGACAAGAACCUGAACCCCAUUCAGUGUUUACCAGGUUCGGUUCAGAUUGACGAUUCGUUCGAAUUCUGUUCAUCUAGGGACAUCACAGUACUUGAUAUGUGGGAAUACGCAUACUUGCUACUUCACUGGCCUGAACUACAUGUGCUGUCCGAGCAAUGAGCCGUCGAUUGAUAAUCAGCCAACCUGUCCUUAUCCUCGCAUAACUGUUCUAGAUUCUCAUGGAUUACCUUUGAAAUGCAGCCCAAGGACAAGAGAGUGUCCUGGAGUGAGUUCCUUGUUUUUCGGUUCACUGUGAACUCAAAAAAAAAAAAACAAAGAAAGAAGCCGUUCAUUCGCCAGACAAGCAAAAGAGAGUGCAUAAAAAAAAUAUUCAGACAUUUUUUUGUUCUUAGUUUGCCAUUGAUUGAACGAAACUUUUUCAGGAUAGAAUGACGUGUUCGGAUGUCGGUCUGGGCUACAUCUGCUGUGAAGAUUUGGGCUUUUCGGAGCCAAAAGCGACUCUUAGACCAGAAAACAGGAAAAUGAAAUUUACAACUACUAUCACUACAACUAUGGCUCCCGAGGAGGAACUGGAAUGUCCAGAAAAUUCGAUCGGAUUACUUAAAGCUGACGGCUCUCGAGUCGUUUGCAACUCCAGAAAAUCAUGCCCCGGUGUGAGUAUUUUUUCCAAUUUUUAUGUUUCUUUAAACUUCAUCAAACCUUUCAGUCGGACACCUUUUGCCAUGGAGAAUAUAAACGCUCCAUUUGCUGUCAGAAGUAUCUUUUCGCCAAAGAUAUAUUGGACGUGACUGAAGAGCCCGAGAAAGUUCCAGAAGAGAAAAAAGCGGCAUCUUUUAUAGAAUCUAGAAAUCCUUUCAAACCGAAAAGCAUCAGCAUGGCGAUGAGAACGCCGCCAAGACGUAAUUUUUUGAAACUUUUACUAGAAAAUUUUUCGUUUUUUUAGACAUUCACAGCGCUGAAAAGAUUGGAAACAAUCGUCAAAAACCGCACAAUUCAGAAACAGCAAGGUUUUUUCAAGUUUUUUUUCUCAUUCGGCACACCUUCAUUGGAAAUUUUGGAUUGAUUUUGGAAGAAGAUACAUGGUUUCAUAUUUGGAAAGCAAGAGUGUGAAAAAUUUUGAGUUUGAAUUGUGAAACAUCGAAAAAAGGUUCAACUUCUUCCGAGAUUUUCAGUAAGAUUUCUCACGGAAGAUUCUCUCAUAACUCGAGAGAAACGGAAGGAAACAAGAAGAACACGGACAGCGCAACGGUUUGGAAGUCGGUUGAAACUGAAACCGAAGCUCCAACGACUGUCAAAUCGACGACAACUUCUACCACCACCACCACUACGACGACAACGACGACACAUGUACCUCUACCUGCAGCGACGUACCGUAGCAGCCUUGCGAAACUCUCCAAAGUACCUCAAGAAGUUCGCAGAAAACCAGUUCCAAACGUGAGCUCAGAGUACUUCUUUAACUUUGAAAAGAUUUCAUUUUAGGGAGUGAUCCGUCGGAAUAGACUUCAUGGAAUCCAAACGAGUGGGGAUGCUGAAUUCCGCCCUCCAACCGCGACGCUGCGGUCGGAAACAAUGAACCAACAGGUUUGGUUUUCGGAAAACACUUCAAAAAAUCAAGUGAAAUUGGAAUUUUUCAAGUUAUAAAUUGUAACGCGAAAAUAUCCAAAAAGUUUAGAAUUUUAAAAUGAGUCGAAUUCAAGAAAGGAAUGGUUGAAUGUUCGUGUUUUCUUACUAGAUAUUGAAAUCUAGAUUCAAGUAGUUUAUUUUUGAAAACAAAAUUACAUUUUCUAAAGAGGCAACUCUUCGAAUGAUUAUGACGCUACUCUACAGCCUUUGAAAAAGUGAAAAAUAGUGAAAAAUGAGUGAAGUUGACUAUCUUAUAGUAUAUAAUGUUAAAAGAAAACCGAAAAUACAAAAACAAAUUUGAAGGAUUCCUUUCAGGACAAACACGCUAUCGCGCAGCAACUCCUUUCUUAUCAAAUCAGGAAUGGAUGGCCGUAUGACGAACGCUUCUACCGCCCAGGUUUUUAUCAAAUUCUCAGCUCACCAUUAAAAGGCACUUUUUGAAGAUGUUGACACCUUUGACGAGGAGCAAAAAGCGAACAUUGCCCGGAUGCAAUUCAUCAACCAGCAGUAA